AUGUCAACAUACGCAUUAACAACAACAACAACAUUUGGUCCAAAAUUAUCGCCGUCCAUAAUCAAAGAGGACGAACAACAAUGUUUACCACUAGAUCAUUUACAAAUCGAUCGUUUAUGUUCAAAAACAUGUUGUGCACAAAAAACUCCAUACGAAAAAUUAGACAAUAUCAAUCAAUUAUUAUUAAAUUCAUAUUAUUUACCAUUUUGUUCAAAUUAUACAUUAAAUUAUUCGAUAAAUCAAACAAAUUUUUUCAACGAAAUAACAGAAAACGAAUGUCGAGAAAUGCUCAAUCAAUUAAUUUCAAACGACAAAGAAGCUCGUUAUGCAUCAAAACUUUUUGCUACUUAUAUGCAAGCUAUCGAUUCAGCAUCAAUCGAAAAUCGUUAUUCAAUAAUCAAUGCCGAUUGUCAAGGAGCUUAUCAAAAAUGGGCUUGUUCAGUCAAAAUUCCAUAUUUUUAUCAAAAUCAUCGUAUAUCGCCUUGUCGAAAGAUCUGUGAUGAAGUCGAGCGUAUUUGUCCCACAUUUAGACCCAGUGAUCGUGAACCAUUCUUUGCCGGACAACCAUUGUUCUUUUGCGAUGGAGAUAUUGUACCAAACAGUGAUUAUGGAAAACCACCAUAUUGUUUUGAUACAUGUCAUCUAGUUGAUGGUCCAUGUCAACAUCAUUCCACUUCGUCAUCAUUAAAUAAAUCUUUAUUGAUAGAAACUAACGAAGAUCAUGUAACUAGAUUAUCAUGUUUUGAAAUUGAACAUUUAUCAUUGCCUUUUCCAUCAGAAGAAUCAUCAUUAUUACCUUUAUCUAUCAAUAAUUCAAUAUUCAAUUAUACAAAUAAUACAUUUAUUUCGGCAUCAGCUAUAUCUAUUAUAUCAUCAGUUUGGUCAACUAUUAUUGUCAAUAUUUUGACUUAUAUUUUCGUUUUUCUAUUAAGAUUAUAA